AUGAAUAUGUUUCCAACAGCUCCCCCUGUUGACCCCUGCUACAACUACUUGAACCUGGAUGAGCCAUGGAGAGCCACCAGCAAUCAAAACUCCUCUCAGUUAAUGUGUGACAGUGCGGUGAGCUGGAGCGGCUGGUACCGUCUCUUCAUUAAUGGUCAGAGUGUUCAGAUGCCAGACACAUGUGUUGAUGAGAAUAGCUGCGGCACUCAUGCUCCACUGUGGCUGAGCGGAGGACAUCCAACACUUGAGGAUGGAGUGGUCUCUCGUAAUGUCUGCGCACACUGGAGAAACAACUGCUGCUAUUUCCAGUCCAAUCCCAUUCAAGUCAAAGCCUGUCCUGGAGGUUUUUAUGUCUAUGAGUUUGUGAGGCCGACCACCUGCAAUUUAGCAUACUGUGCAGAUGACAGAAACCCCUGUUCUGAACUCAACUGCUCCAAAGAGGAAAGGUGUGGGAUGAAAAAUGGUGUUUAUGGCUGUUUAUGUAAGAAAGGCCACCAAAAACAGCGAGCAGCUCAAGACUCCUUUGAUUUCAAUGAGACCUGUGAGAGCAGCUCUGGCUCCAUGUCUGUGUCUCGCUGUCAGCUUUUUGAAGCUGGUUUUUCAGCUGAGCACUUACACCUCAAUGACCCCAGCUGCAGAGGAACCGUCCAGAACGGCAGAGUGGAGUUUAACUUCGACAACGAUCAACACAUCUGUGGCACAAACCUUGUGGCCAACGGCAGCCACUUCAUCUACAGUAACUAUAUUGUGGGGACGCCGGGAACAGAAGGUCUCAUCAGCAGAGUGAGAAUCCUGAAGCUUUCUUUCAGCUGUGUUUAUCCUCAAACACAAACACUUUCCAUGAACGUGGAGAUCAACCCACUGCAGAGCAAUGUGCACAAGGUCCUCCCCAGUGGUGAAGGGGUUUAUCAGGUGCGGAUGGUCCCGUAUGUGGAUGAAGAGUUCACUCAGCCCUUCACUGGUAGAGUGGAUGCAGAGCUGAACCAGGAGAUGCAUGUGGAGGUUGGUGUUGAGGGGGUCGACAGCCGCCAGUUUGCCCUGGUGAUGGACACGUGUUGGGCUACACCUGUGAAUGACCCUGAUUACAGUCUCCGCUGGGACCUCAUCAUUGAUGAGUGUCCCAAUCCUGAGGACGACACAGUGAAGCUGCUGCAGAACGGCGUCUCCACAAGCAGCCGUUUCUCCUUCAGGAUGUUCAUCUUCACUGCAAACUCCACUAAGCUUUACCUGCACUGUGCUGUUCACCUUUGUCUUCUGUCCAGUGAACAAUGCUCAACGAGCUGUGACUCUGGAGAGCAGCGGAGAGAGCGCAGGGCUCUGGAUCUCCAUGACAGUGCGUCACUAUCUAUGGGUCCUCUAGUGUGGUCUGGAGGAAACACAGAUGUUCAGUUUCUCCCAGACCAAGUGACGGUUUCUGAGGCUUCUUGUCUGUGUGCUUCUCUGGUGCUGUUGUUCAUUCCUCUGAUGAGUUUCUUCACCCUUUAUUAG